CCUAAUUUUGAGGUAGCUGGCGUGUAGAAGUCAUUCCAUACUAACAGAUUCUAUGCAUGGUCAUCUUCUGUUCCUCAGAAGGGGAAUGGAAGUAAAUUCUUCGGUCCUGAGGGACAUCCUAUGAAUUCUUAAUACCAUCUUAUGCUUACAAUGCCUAAUAUUGUUUUGAUGAACGUUUUGUCCCAUCUUCUAAAGAACUUUUCUCCCCCAAAGUUGUACUUCUUGUAAAAUGGGACGGGUGCCAUCUGAAUACCUGCUCCUUACUGAUUUUCAACCAAUUUCUCAAGGUUGUGAAGGGUCAGAACUGAUUUUACAUGGCUGCUGCCAGGCCUGUUGAGUUCCUCCAGCAUUUUGUCAGUUGCCUGGAUUUCCAGCAUCUGCCUACUUCCUCUUGUUUGUCUCAAGGUUGUUUUAUAGCUUCCACGGAAAAUUAAAAGUUCAAAUUGUGCGAUAAAUGGUUCGUUGCUGAAGAGAUUUAACCUCCCGACAUCUGAUUAUUCAAAUAUUGUAAACGGUAGACCGCGAGGCAAAAUAGUCUGACGCAAACGCGUCGACUGACGUAAUCACGCUCGUCGCUAUCGGGACGUGGGCACCGGCGAGUCCACGUCGUGUUCGGGGAAACGGCUGGACUCGGGGACGGGAGGCCGGACAGCACCGGAGUGUGAGGGAAGAGAAGCUCGUGUGGAGACAGGAAGCAGCAGGGUGGACCUCCGGCGGCCUCGGAUCUCAGUGGCGAGUGCCUCUUGCUGCUCAGCAGCUCGACGGCCUGAGGGGGCUGGUAGACGUUGCAAUUCCCCAUUGGAUUCCGCAGCAGUCAAUCAAAAGGAAAAAUUGACUCCUCUUCUGCCUGAAGGAAGCAGCAUUGGGAAGGGGUGGACCAUCUGAUGCUCUGUGGUGUAUCGUAAUUAAAUCACCCCCCCCCCCCAAUAUUACAGAAUACCACUGGUCCUGUGUCUGCAGUGAAAACCAUUCAACACAGAAUGGCUUGGAUCCAGGAAGCAGAGCUGAACUUUGUAGAAAGGUUGUGUGCAUCCGUUUUAAAGGUUGGUCCCAUGCCUAAGCAUGUGGCCUUCAUCAUGGAUGGGAACAGACGUUAUGCACAGAAGUGUCGAGUAGAACGAGAACAGGGCCACUCUCAGGGAUUUGAGAAACUAGCUGAGACUCUUCGAUGGUGUUUGAACCUGAAUAUACGAGAAGUGACUGUUUACGCUUUCAGUAUAGAGAACUUCAAGCGUUCUAAAGAGGAAGUGGAUGGGCUAAUGGAACUUGCACGCCAGAAGUUCACAAGACUCCUUGAGGAACAGGAGAAUUUGAAGAAAUAUGGUGUCCAUAUCAGAGUUUUAGGGAACCUGACCCUUUUGCCUGUUGAUAUUCAAGAGCUGAUUGCACAGGCUGUGCUAGCAACACAGAGUUAUAACAAAUGUUUCCUGAAUGUGUGCUUUGCCUACACCUCUCGGCAUGAGAUCACCAGUGCAGUCCGUGAAAUGGCGUUGGGAGUCGAGGAAGGAUUAUUGAGGCCCAGUGAUCUCUGUGAGGCUCUGCUGGGCAAGUGUUUGUACUCCAGCAGUUCCCCAGACCCAGACCUGUUGAUCCGGACAUCUGGAGAGGUUCGUCUCAGUGACUUUCUGUUGUGGCAGACUUCUCAUUCAUGUUUGGUGUUCCAACCUGUGUUGUGGCCUGAAUAUACGUUCUGGAAUCUAUGUCAGGCCAUCCUGCAGUACCAAGUCAACUACCCUGCCCUUCAGAAAGCAAAACUGUUGCAGGAAGCAGCAUGUCAGCAGCAGCAGUUGGAUGUGGAUCAUACCUGUGUGCUGGAGGAAACACGUUCCUGCACGACAGGGGAGAUGGCAGGCAUAGAGUGCAAACAGGAACAAAUCCUAAAGUACGCCAGAGAACGAGAGGAAAGAGUCUCCAACUUUCUGCUGGAGCUGGAGAACAAAAGGAAGAAAUUCCUCCAAGACCUUGUGAGGGGCUCCACACCAUUUCUACGUGCUUAGGCCUCUCUAGCUCCCCUGAUAAGACAACAGAACGAAUACCCAAGAUGUGAGUGAGUGAAAAGCCUCCGUCAUGUAUCUGUGGUGGUACUGAUGUUCUUGAACCAGAUAGCUCCAGUAUCCACUAAGCAUCGAUUGCUGCUUAGGAUCUUCUCCCUCUCCAUUCCUGACUGGUGGGCUUCUCACACUGACUUCUGGGUGAAUAAAAUGUGGCUGCCUCCACGAAGAAAAAGCGAAGUCUUAGUAGGCCCCAGUGGCACUACAGACUAUUUAUGUUUAACUCCUGUAGCUACAUGGUGUUGUAAAUAAGAUGCUCUGCUAAUAUGAAGGUUGCGUAAUUGUUAAUUUUCUAUUGUCUUGUGCCAGCCUGGUGCUUGUGCCUGUUAUGCCACUGGCGUUUAGGGCACUAAUGAAGGUCUUCCUUCUCUCUCUGUCCUAGGCCACUCAAAUGUAAAAGGAUGCUUCAUAGCUGUUUCUGUAACCGUUUUUUACUAGUCAGGCUUGAUAGCUCUGAGCUGAACCCCCAAACUCUUCAUCUGGCCUCUUUCCUUUGACCUGUUUGGCAUGGGUGACCCGACCAAGACCCAAAGCAUAAAGUCCUGGCUCCAGCCAACAAAGCAUUCCGGGUCAUUGAGGCACGUGUCUCCAAAUCACGACAAGGUUAUGGUCCUCUUAAAGAUAAAAUGUUGUGGUGUUCUCGCCCCGUGAGUGGCUGUCUGACUCUCCUCCCUGGCAAUCAGCACUAGUCGUUAACUAUAGCAACACAUCCCAGCUAGGUGAUCUACCCUCUAUCCUUCCCUUACAAAUGAUUUGGGAUCCUCUGGCAGUAGCACUGUAACCAAUCUCUUUCUCCAAUGGUGAAACUUGUUCCCCAGCACCACCAUCACCAAGGGUCCCCACACUGUUCUGAAAUCUGAAAAGAAAACUGCAAUUGCCUUAGCAGUUAUGGAUAUUGAUUAUGAUGUUUGAAUUUCUUACUUACAAGAUCAAUUGCCAUUCACAGUAGAGGUGUUAAAAGUCCAUUGAAACUUUGAGCGGACAGCCGAUGAUAUUUUGAACUUAGUGAAGACAAUAAGAUUAGUAGCAGAAUUAACCCCAUCGAGUCUGCUCCAUUUUGUCAUGGCUGAUCCUCUCAGACCCAAUCUCUUGUCUUCUCCCCAUAUCCCUUUAUACCCUGACUAAUCAUGAAUCUAUCAACUGCUGCCUUACAUAUACCCAAUGACCUGGCCUCCACAGCUGCCUGUGGCAACAGAUUCCACAGAAUUCUUUGGCUGAAAAAAAUCUCCUCAUCUCAAUGCUAAAAGGAUGCCUCUCUAUUCUGAGGCAGUGUCCUCUGAUCUUAGAUUCCCCUGCCAUAGGAAACAUCUCCACAUCCAUUCUAUUGAACCUUUCAACGUUCUAUAGGUUUCAAUGAGGUCACCCCUUGCUCUUCUGAAUUCCAGUGAGUAGAGCCAGGAGCCAUCAAACGCUCCUCAUGUGACAAGCCUUUCAAUUCCGGAAUCAUUUUCAUGAAAAAAAGACAAUAGAGCCUCAGUUAUUGGGUAUGUUUGACAUCCUUCUUUUAUCUCAUCUGUCUCCAGCACCCACUUUUGUGUAAGGAGAUGCUGUUUUAGGAAGACUUUUCUUGAAAAGUCUCAGUACAGAGGCUCAUUCGUUUAGUUUGGACUGAGUGUACACUGCUACAGUCUGUCUUGUCUGCUGCUUCUGGCCGUCUCACUUGACUACAGCUUCCCCAGGCAUCUUCCACAAUAGGAGACUCAGUCAUUGGGGGGGGGGGGGGGGUGGUCAGACAGGAGAUUCUGUGGCUGUAAAAGAGACUCUGGAAUGGCACGUUGCCUCCCUGAUCCCAGGGUUCAAGAUGUCACAGAUCAGCUACAGAACAUUCUCAGGUAGGCAGAAGUCACUAUGCACGUUGGCACAAAUGACAUGGAUAGCGAAAAGGGUAAGGUCCUGCAGAGUGAAAAUUGGGAACUUGGGAAGAAGUUAAAAAGCAUGACCUCACAGAUAGUAGUUGCAGAUUACUUCCAGUGUCACAUGUUAGGGUAAGAAUAGGUUAUGGCAAAUGAAUGUGUGGCUGAAAAUUGGUGUAGGAGACAUUCAUAUUUUUAAACCGUUGGGAUCUCUUGUUGCAGAGGUGAUCUGUACAAGAGAAACUAGAUGGGAACGAAAAUCCUGUCAGGCAGAUUUGCUCUCACUACUAGGUGGGUUUAAACUAGAUUGAUAAGGGCUGGAAUCCCAAGCAAUGGGGAAUCAAAUGAGAGGUUGGAAGGAGAUGCAAGUCAACGAUAGCAAGUUGAAUAGGUAUGAGAGGCAGGACAAUGGCCAGGAGUGAGAAAAGUCUAUUGGAUUAAAAUACAUUUAUUGCAGUGCAAGAGAUCUGACCAGUAAGAUGGAGUAGGAUAGCUACGUGAUAUUGGGGCAUUACAGAAACAUGAAUAAAGGAGGGACAGGAUUAGCAGCUUAAUGUUCUAGGCUACAGGUGCUUUAGGUGGGAUUGCAUUUUUGAUUUGAUUCACAGCAAUCUUUUUAUUAGUGGAGCUGAGAAAUAAGAAGUGGGAGUGUACGAUAUGUCCUCAAAUAGACAACAGGAAUUAAAUGGACUAAUAUGCAGAGAUUGUGUAGUUGUAAGAAUAGUAGGGUAAUCAUAGUAGGGAAUGUUAAAUUUCCUAACAUGGACUGGCAAUGCCAUACUGUUAGGGCUUAAAUGGGAUGAAAUUUAAGUGCAUUCAGGAAACUUCCCUUGGGCAGUAUAUAGAGGUACAAUAUAGAGGUGAAAAGCAGGUACAAUAAGGCCCCCUUGUUAGACAUACUGAUUUAAGAAACUUUCCUUGGUGUAACAAAUUCAAAAUCUCUUGCACUAAGGACAUCCCAGUCUAUACUAGGGAAGUUGAAGUUGCGAUUUUGUUUUUACACCUUUCCCUAAUUUGCCUGCAUGUAAUUUUCCAGUGUCCCAGUUGCUAUUGGAGAGUCUGGGGUAUAAUCCCAUCUGAGUGAUUGCACCUUUCUUUAUUUCACCUUCCUUAAAUUUUGAAUCAUUUGUUUUUUUUUCCAAUAUUCUCAACAAUCUUUGGACAUUCCACUCAUUUGCAGUUAUGUUUCUUUUAUAAAGCUUGAUAUCUGUAAUUGCAAAUGGGUCUUACCCCCUUGAUUUUUUUUUUCUCUUUAGAAAUUCUGUGGAUACGAGAAUGCUGGGCAAUACCUUAUUGGUACCAGUGCAAUUAACUGCUUAUCUAACUCCAAUACUUCAGUACAUUUAGAACCCUGGUAUAUCAGUGAAUGUGUGGGAAAAUGCCCAAUUUUACCCUGCCUAUUUAUAAAAAUAAAUACAAAGAAUUAUUGCA